CUGUCAUGGAUGAGCCAGGAGAAGAUGACAUAUAUAUUUUGAAACAUGAAAAAGCAGACAGUGCUCAUAGAAGAGAUGCAGAUAUUCCUAUUUCAGUGUAUACAGGAGAUGAGUCUGUUGCUUCACAUUUUGCCCUUGUUACUGCUUAUGAAGAUAUCAAGAAACGACUAAAGGAGACUGAGAAGGAGAACUCAGUAUUAAAGAAAAGAGUAAGAGUCUUAGAAGAAAAGCUCCUUGGUUCCCGAUUGGAAGAAGAAACUCGCUCAGUUGGAUGUGAGCAAGUAAACAAGGCCUAUCAGGCCUAUCGAGAAGCCUGCAUUGACAGGGAGAAUUUGAAAAGCAAACUGGAUAAAAUGGUAAAAGAGAACACAGAAUCCUUGAAAAUCUUGAAUGAGCAAUUGCAGUCCAAAGAAGUAGAGCUUCUACAGCUAAGAACUGAAGUGGAAACUCAACAGGUGAUGAGAAAUCUAAACUGUACCCCAUCUAGCUGGGAAAUAGAGAAGCUGAAUAGUGACCUAAAAGUGCACAGUCUGGAACAGGAUCUAGAAAAACUGAAGAAAGAAUGCAACAGUCUCAGAAAGGAACUACAGAAAUCUGUGCAGAAGAACAAGGCUCAGGAAGGAAAUCAGUUUAAUGGAGACCUCAUUCAAAGGCAAAACUUUCAGAGUGAAAAUGUGCAGCAAGCAUACUGGGAACUGAAGAGGGAAAUGUCUAACUUGCAUCUGGUGACUGAAAUGCAGGCUCAGGUUCUUCGAAAAUUGAAAACAAACCCAACUGCAACCAAGAAAGCUUCCUCUUGUACACCCGUACAGUGUGUUGAAGACCUGGAGAAGGACCUCUCAAAGUUAUGUUUGACUUCUUCUGGGGCAUUCUACAAAAAAACCUCUCCUUCACAAAAUGACAAAGUACUCUGCAAUGCCAUAGCUUCCCCUCUGCCAAGAGGUAUAAACAUGUUGUCUGAAAGGGAAAAUCUCCAGUCAUGGACAGAUGAAAAUACCAUCCCAGCUGGCGUUACAGCGUUUCAGGAACACAAUUCUUAUGCAAAGAGCUCUCUGGAAGAUAAUUCCUGGGUAUUCCCAAGCCCACCGAAACCUAGUGAGACUGUGUUUUGGGAAACAAAAAACAAAGCAUCUUUGUCAAACUAUCCAGUAGAUUACCUGGAUCGGUGUAACCAAAACUGCCUGCACAAGAGCUAAGUCACUUGUAGAAGAAAUUGAGGCUGGUUCUGACUGCUGGAACUUUUGAAAGAGCAAAGCAGUUGGGUAAAAAGUGGAAGAACAGGCACUGACUGCCAGGAAGAAAAUAUGAGGUAUCUUUCUCAAAAUAAUGUUUUUAUUUGUACCAUAUAAAAACCAAAAAUUCCUAGGAGUUCCUGUUUAGAUGGUCUUAUAAGUAUAUAAAUACCAUAACUAGAUGCUGCUGAAAGUUACAAUUCAUGGAUCUCUAUUUUUGUUUUCUCAAUUCAGACCAAGAAUGAAAUGUAUUCUAUGCACAAUAGUGCCUGCUACAAAAUCACCAUAACAAAAUGACAGUGAUUAUGUGCAUCCUUUGCACAUCACUGAAAUCUUCUCUUUUUAACUGCUUGGUUUCUAAAGCUACUACUACUAACCCUUUUUUUAAACACUGAGAAGCCUUAAUUUGAGCAAUUUUAACUAUUGCUUAAAAUAACAAUUAUUAAGCCACAACUUGGUUUUUAAUCUUUAAAGAAGAAAAUGAAAAUCUUUCAAAUUAUAGCUACCUGCUUUAUAUAGACUGUUAUGUGUCCAAGUAAGGAUGUAUUUGGGUGACUGAUACGAAAACUUCUUUUCCUUUAAAACCAGGAACUUCUACGCCGAUGCAAGUUACAGUAUUUUUCUAAAGCUGCCUGGCUUCAUAGAGUUGGCUGAAAGUGAAAUGGCUAGCAUGUACAAUAAUCAGGAUAAACAUGCUAUGUCAGGUUAUUUCAGAUUCCCAAGGAAUUUGGCAUGAUAAAAUGAUUAAUGCCAUUGUUUUAUGAUUGUUCCCUGCCUAAAAAUGAGCAGAAGUAUUGAAAUUCAUGGGCCCAGUUUGAGGUCAGUGUAAGAAACUGUGAUUGUUUGUUUGUUUUUAACAGGUCAAUACCAAAAUAUUAAAAAUGAGCUGUCAUUGCAUAAGGAAAAGCUAUGACUCCUUAAAGAGCCACUGUCAGUGCCCAAGUAUAUGAUAUAACUUGAGUAAUACUUGACCAGUAUGGCUCUAAACACUCCCCCCUAUGGAUUAAAUGUUCCACAUGAUGCCCAUCUCCUUCUUCCCUAUUGCCAAUCAAAACUGAAAGAAUGUCUUUCAGAUACCUUCUACUGUAUUAGUGAACAGCAUACAUAAAUAAUGUCUACCAUUCACCAGAUACUGUUUUUAUCUUUCUAUUAUCUUGCUCGCGUAUACUGGCUUGUCUGUGAUUAAUGGAAAUGAUGUCAGAUGCUGGAAUUUAUUCUGACCAAUGAACAUAGCUGACUCAAGGGAGUACAAUCUCUUGCAAAGUAAUAGAACAAAACCCAGUAUGCAUAAAACAAAUCCAAGUCACUAGGCUUUAGCUGAUAGAACCAACUACCUGUGUAAUAACAGAGCAGCAGAAACCAUUUCUCAUGUGGCUGCAUAGAUUCUAUUGUAUCUAGUUCUAAUGUAGCUUACUGGGUUUUUCUUUGGUUACACUGAUUUUUGUUGUUGUUUUUGUUUGUUUUUUGUUUGUUUUUGUUUUUUGGGGUUUUUUUGGUGGUUUUUUUUUUUUUGGCAUUUUGGGUAAGUAAUGCAGACACCAACUUGAUUUAACAUAAGUUGACAUAACAAUGAAGGAAACCUGUUGUGUAAGAUUUUAAAUAAAUUUAUUUUUGCUUGAAA